GUGUCUCAAUGGUCUACCUGAUGGCGUUGAACUACUGCACAGUUGACUCACUUUAAGUCUCGUUAUUGGGUGGUAAAAAAGUUGUCAAGUGGAAAAGAAGCGUUGGAUCCGAGCGGAAAAGUUAAUCAUCCGCUAACUUCUGUAAAAUCGGGAAAUUGCUCAUCUCCUGAGUGCUCCACUGCCACUCGGCUCCACUGUUCCUAUUAGAAAUGACCCAAAAAACAAAAACGAGAUGCAAAAAAAAGGGGGGGUCUAUGCGCGAGACUCUGGUUGAGACUUUCAGCCUCACUCGAUUGGAACAUGGACAUUCAGGGCCGUUCUAAUAAUAUGAUUGUUGCUCAGCAUGAGUCUCGUGGAACUUUCUCCUUGAAAAGUCCGCGCGACGCUUUCUUCACCCAAGGCCAUGCUGGCUGAAUAGGUCUGGCAUACACACGAUGGCACGAGUUUUAUUUCAUAGAGAGAACCGCAUAGUCCCUUUGGGGAUUAUGAUCUUUGUCCUGUUCCUUUUCUUCUAUCAUCUAGACUUGGAACAUGACGACCCAGUGAUUAGGGGUCUUCCUGAUCUUCCCCAAGAUCUAUCCUCCCGGCAAUCGCCGUUCAGAGAGGAGUCAAAGCAACAGCCACUGCCCUCUGCCCAGCCUUCUCCCUCCGCUGUCCCUGUUGCCCCUCUUGUUUCUUCUUCCGACGAACAGAAGCCGAGCACCCAUCAACAGGAGAAGCCGAAACCAAAGCAACAACAAAAGCCACAAUCGAAGCAAUAUGGACAGUUGAGUCCAGAUGAUGUCGUGCUACUCUUCAAAACCGGCGCCUCGGUGCUAUGGAGACGACUACCGAUUCACCUUUCCACCAGUUUUGAGCCCAGUCGGAUCCCCACCGACAAUGUGAUCAUUUAUUCCGACUACCCCGAGACCAUCGGCUCAUGGCAGGUCAUCGAUGUCCUAGAAAACUCAACCGAGACGGUCCUGAAAACGGACAACUACGAACCCUACCGUCAGCAACCCGACUAUGAGGCACGACAGGUCUAUGCAGAAAUGGCGAAUGUAGAAGGUGACGGGAAUGGCCCGGCGGGUGGCUGGAAACUCGACAAAUACAAAUUCCUCCCCCUCAUCCAACACGCGGGCCGCGCAAAGCCAAACGCGAAGUGGUACAUCUACAUCGAAGACGACGGAUACAUUUUCCUGCCUAACCUACUUCUCCAUCUAGAGAAGUUCUCAUGGCAGGAGCCGUGGUACUUCGGCGGUCUUGCCUGGAAACACGGUGAUUAUUUCGCGCACGGUGGUGCGGGCUUCGUGCUCUCGCGGGGUGCGUGGGAGCAGAGCUUCGGCUUGGAAGAGGACAUGGUCGCGAAAUACGCCGAUUUUACGGAGGCCCAUGGCUGCGGUGACCAUGUUCUUGGCCAUGUCAUGCAGGAUUAUGGUAUUAAUUUCGGCCAGACCCAUGGCAAGUCGGAGUAUUCUUGGGGUUUCAACCCGGAACCGCACUGGGGCGGUUGGUUCCGGCGCGCCAGCUGGUGUUAUCCCCUCUACAGCUGGCAUCAUACGCAUAGUAAGGAUGUCGCGCGACUCUACAAUUUCGAACAGAGCUGGGAUUUCGAGAAGAAGGGCCAGAUGCGGUACCGCGACUUCUUCAAGGCCAUGAUCGAGCCGUACAUGCGUCGUCGGGUGGAGUGGUGGGACAAUCAGUCCUCCCGCUACGAGCUCCGGUCGGACAAUAUCGCCGACGCGCAGCCCCCAGAGGGAGUAUCGAAGCAAGUCUGGCACAGUGCCUGGAAGUCGGUGGAUGCCUGUGAAGCUGCCUGCGUGGCUUGGGAGGGUUGUGUCCAGUGGACCUUCUACGAGGACCAGUGUCGCAUGGAUGAGAAUUUCAUGCUUGGCAUGGGAAUUCCUGUCGGAGACCUUCGUCGCCAGACGUCUCUGCCUAGGACCAGUGGAUGGUUGCCUCAGCGUGCGGAGAAAUGGGUCUGUGAUGCCUAGGUUUAUUGCAUAUUUGAUUGUUAGUACUUCGUAUAUAGUAAUGAAACAUACUUUCUUGGUCUGAAACAAAUAUCUCUUAUACUACUAGUCCGAAACUGGAUAGGACUCUUAAUACGGGGUAUUGUCUUAUUGCGACGGGGCUGUUUUAACAGGAUUCGUGGGCUAUUUCCGCGAUGAAGAUAUCACUCGAUGACCGAUUGACCCCGCCAUCGGAUGACACUGUUGAAAUUCCUUCUCCGGUCUUUCAUUUGCUAUUAUCUUGCAUUCUAGCGUUCUUGGCGUAUGAUGUGUUUAAUACUGAUGAUAGCAUUAGCUCGUAUUGAUAGUAAGAAAAAGGUGUGGUUGUGUCUCGGAUUCGCUGAAGUAGGGUUCAAGCCAUCAUGUGUCAAUAUAUAUAUAUAUCUUUCUUUGUGAAUAUAGUUGCUGACAGCAGGUUUUGUCAGUUAAUUCAGAUUUAUGCCACUGUUUUAGCUUUAAAGCC